UCUCUCUCUCUCUCUCUCUCUAUAUCUCUCUCUCUUACCGCGAAACUGAAUUCACAAACUCAGUCCUUUGCUACACUGCACUGCCUUCAUGGCCAACGACACACCUUCCACCACCACCACCCCUCUCCUCCGCCCCAGCCGGCGGUGGUUCAGCUCCCUCCGCCUCAAAACCACUCUCUCCGCCGAGCUCGGGGGCUCUGUGGGCGACCUGGGCACCUACAUACCCAUCGUCCUAGCUCUCACACUGGUCAACCACCUGGACCUCUCCACAACCCUCAUCUUCACGGCUCUCUACAACAUCUCCACCGGCUUUCUCUUCGGCAUUCCAAUGCCUGUCCAGCCCAUGAAGUCCAUCGCUGCCGUCGCCAUCUCCGACCCCCUCCUCUCUCUCCCCCAAAUCGCUGCCGCGGGUCUCUCCACUGCCGCCACCCUCUUCAUCCUCGGCGCCACUGGCCUCAUGUCCCUCCUCUACCGCUUCAUCCCCCUCCCCGUCGUCCGCGGCGUCCAGCUCUCCCAGGGCCUCGCCUUCGCCUUCUCCGCCAUCAAAUACAUCCGUUACAACCAGGACUUUUCCGCCGGAAAAUCCGGUCCGCCUAGAAAUUGGCUCGGCCUCGACGGAAUCGCACUUGCCCUUUUCGCUAUUCUGUUCUUGGUCUUGGUCACUGGCUCUGGUGAUUUUGGCGAUGAAGCUAUCCCCUUGGGUGUUCAUGAAGAAGAAAAUAAUUCUGUGAAUCGCUCUCGCCGCCGUGUGCGACGGAGAUUGCGGAUUAUGUCGUCAAUUCCAGCUGCUUUAAUUGUUUUUAUACUGGGUUUGGUGCUUUGCUUUAUUCGAGACCCUUCGAUUGUGAAGGAUCUUCGAUUUGGUCCAUCUAGAAUCCAUCUCCUAAGAAUUACGUGGGAAGAUUGGAAAAUUGGGUUCUUCCGCGGUGCAAUUCCGCAGAUCCCUUUAUCAAUUCUGAAUUCAGUGAUUGCUGUGUGUAAACUGUCAGCUGAUUUGUUCCCAGACCGGGAAGUGUCUGUGACUUCGGUUUCUGUCAGCGUUGGGGUCAUGAAUUUGGUGGGGUGCUGGUUUGGAGCAAUGCCAGUUUGCCACGGUGCCGGAGGACUGGCAGGGCAGUACCGGUUCGGUGGGAGGAGUGGCGCAUCAGUGGUGUUUUUGGGGCUUGGAAAGUUGCUGAUUGGGCUGGUAUUUGGGAAUUCUUUUGUAAGGAUAUUGGGGCAGUUUCCAAUUGGGAUUCUUGGGGUGCUUUUGCUGUUUGCUGGGAUUGAGUUAGCAAUGGCUUCAAGGGACAUGAACACCAAGGAAGAGUCAUUUGUGAUGUUGGUUUGUGCUGCUGUUUCAAUGACUGGAUCUAGUGCUGCAUUGGGCUUUGGCUGUGGCAUUUUGUUAUAUGGGCUAUUGAAACUGAGGCAGAUGGAAUGUUCUUGUUUUGGGAACUUCAAUUUCGACCCCAAACGGCCUGUUGCAGUGGAUGAUGAAACUAGUCUCAAUCCUUAGGUAUUCUUUUUGAUGAACAUGGGUUUUGGGACCGGUCUAUAUACAUCAUGUGGGAACGAACUCCUUGUUUCGGAUCGGGCCUUCCUUCUCACAUUAUUACCUGUAUGUAUCUAUUUAUUAUUUAGUGAUAACUGGUACAAUAUUAUUUGUAAUGCCUAUAUGUAUCUGUCAAAAGUGUUUCUAUCAAUUUAUUUCAGCCUCUCAUACCAAA